AUGGCGCUGCUGCAGUCGCGACAGCUGCUUUUGCUGCUGCUGUUGCCGCUCAGCCAUGGGGCAGAGUCACCCUCAAGGAUGCCCGCGCUGCUGGCGACGGGCCCGGCGCAGCGAGGCCUUGCAGAGGCGGCCGUGCCCGAGCUAGGCAUGCUGCACGAGAAGUUCCGCGGCCUCCCUGACAGCUGCGAGGUCCUCCUGCGGGUGAAGGCCAGCAGCGUGAACCCAGCCGACCGGGAGACACCUGGUCCUUUCCCACAGGUAAUGGGCUCGGACAUCGCGGCAGUUGUGGAGGCGGUGCAACCAAAUUGUACACGCUUGCAGGUCGGAGACCUGGUCUGGGCCGACAUCGGAGCAGUGGUUCAAACGCCAGGUGGAAAAGGCAAAGAGAACGGCGCCUAUGCUCCUUUCGCCGUGGCUUUGGAGUCUCAGCUCGGCCCGAUGCCGAACGUGUCGGUUUGGGAAGCGGCGGCGCUGCCCAAGGUGUCACUGACUUCGUACAAGGCGUUGAAAUGGUACGGUGGUGCUCCAUACGCGCCGAACAUGACAGUCUUAGUGCUUGGUGGCAGCGGUGGCUGCGGCAGCACAGGGAUACAGCUUGCCAAGGCGUGGGGCGCUGGGACGCUGAUCGCCACGACAUCGGCAGAGAAUGAGUUGUACGUGCGAGGGCUCGGAGCCGACCGCGUUCUUGAUUACAGAUCGCAGAACUGGUGGGAGGUCUUGCCAAAGGGAGCCGUGGAUGUUAUUUAUGACACGGUGGGCGAAGCUGGAACCGGAGACAGGGCUGUGGCCCUGCUGCGCGAAGGCGGCUACUAUGUCACCAUCACGGGAGCUUUGCCGCAGCAGCCGAGACCAAAUGUGAAGGCCAGCAUGUUCAUCAACUCUGCGACCAAUCUUGAUAACCUGCAAUUGCUCGAAGAGCUACGGGAUUUGGUGGACCGCGGCCUUUUACGCAUGCCCGAAAUGCGGAGAUACGAGCUCGCAGAUAUCCUCGAGGCCUUCAACGCCUCGGCAACCCACCAUGUCCGUGGCAAGCUCGUCAUCGACAUGACACGCUCUAGCCAGAGUGCACUGACUGUCUGA